CGAUACUUGUAACAUACCAGAAGUGUCGUUGCAGCGAAGAGCGACAGGUGGCUUUCUCCAAGCUGAAGGCAGAGUCAGAAACGAAACUCGCUGAGACUUGACCCUGUGCUGACGGUCAUACACACCCGGCGAGUGAGAGGACUUCAACCACGAUGCGAGAAAUAACAGUUGAUUUCCGACAGCUUUCCUUCACGGCCCUAGCCACCUAGCUAAGCUAACCUACCCGGAUGCUAGCGAAGCAAGUUUGCCAGCUUUGAGCCCGGAACAUGUUGUGAGCGGGAGACGAAUUCAAUGUGACACCCUGACAUUUACACCCCGUGGGCAGCGUUUCCACUCGUGGCUGGGCAUCCAUCAUUCUAACACAAAAUGUGGCUCCAGCAGAGACUAAAGGGGCUACCGGGCUUGUUGUCAAGCAGCUGGGCGAGAAGACUGCUCAUAGGACUGCUGCUCUUCCUCAUCUUCUACUGGUACCUGGGAGCGGAGCGCAGGUGGAGGUUCUUCAGCAGCUCGGCCAUGCCCGGUGGGGCGGCAGGACAGUGUCUACAGGCGGAAAUCCACCGGUGGAAGUCGCUCGUAGACCGAGGAGAGGGAAUAUACAGCACACCUCAGGAACAUCUUGACACACCGUUUGUAUCAGGUAACGGCCACAUUUUGAUUGACAUUGACUCUAACAAACUGUGGGUGGCGUCGUCCUCGCAGCCCGGCUCAGCCCCGGUCCACCCAACUGAAUAUUCACCGAGAGUCGGCGUGCACCUGGAGGGGAAGCGGGCCGAGGCUCAGGCCAGCAUGCUGUGGUUCCGGAAAGGUUCCGUGCUGUCGGUGCGCUGUGCCUCCCUGCAGUCAUCCCGGGACUGUGUCAGCAUCAGAGAAGAGUUCAUCGCCCACAGAAGCCGACCCAACGUCUAUCUUCAGCGAAUCCACAUCAACAACCUGUCUGACAGGCCCACCUCCCUGGACGUUUCCUCUGGCAAUCCCUCCUUUGGUAGCAAAUUCUCCACCAGUGAUGAGAAACUAGAGGAAAAGGAAAUAGUGCUCUCCUCUGGCAGAGUGCCUGUGGAAAACAAUCGCAUGGUUCUGGUGGUGGUGGUCACCAAGAAGCUGAACAGCAGAAUUCAAGUCCCUGCUAAGUCAGAGUUCACAGACAACAUUAUGUCAGUGGUGUGGACCUCAGAGCCCACAGAGCCCUCCAAGCUGGAGGAGACCUUUAUCAGCCUCAGAGAAGGAGCCAAAAAGGAACUGGGGGAGCUGCUUAGAGCCAGUGUGGAGGAGCUGGUUAUAGAUCACCAGCAAGCGUGGAUGGAUCUCUUCAUUUCAGGUGUUGAAAUGAGGAAGAUCACAGACUCCCACACGCCAUCGAGCCGCACGGUGAACACCACACUCUACUACAUCCUCUCAUCCUCCGCGUCUCCCCUGCUGGACCGUAGGCUGAGCAACGAGGAGAGCGCCCGGCUGGAGUCCAGCCUCAACUACGCUGACCAUUGCUUCAGUGGCCAUGCCACCAUGCAUGCAGAGAACCUGUGGCCUGAGCGGGUGAGCAGUACAGCCCAGAUCCUUCAACUGGUCACGCUAUGGACCUUGACUCUGCAGAAGAGAGGUUGCAAGGUACUCGUUGCAGCUGGUGCUCACGGAACAAUGCAGGGCAUAGUGCUCAGCUUUGGUGGCCUUCAGUUCACAGAGAACCACCUUCAGUUUCAGGCCGAUCCAGACGUGCUGCACAACAGCUACGCCUUGAGAGGAAUCCACUACAACCAGGACCUCAUCAACCUGGCAGUGCUGCUGGAUGUGGAGGGGAAGCCUUUUCUUCAUGUUUCAGUGAAGCAGCAGGAUAAACCAGUGAAGCUGUAUGCUUGCGAGGCGGGCUGCCUCAAUGAGCCUGUGGAGCUGACAUCAGAGGUCAAAGGUCACACCUUCCCAGUGAUGGUCACUCAGCCAAUCACACCGCUGCUCUACAUCUCCACAGACCUGCGCCACCUGCAAGACCUGCGCCACACCCUCCACCUUAAGGCCAUUUUGGCCCAUGAGGAGCACAUGGCCAUAAGAUACCCAGGCCUUCCCUUCCUUUUCUGGUUCAGCGUGGCCUCUCUCAUAACUCUCUUCCAUCUUUUCCUCUUCAAGCUCAUAUACAACGAGUACUGUGGCCCUGGCGCUAAGCCCCUCUUCAGGAGCAAGAUUCUUCUUUCUCUCUCUCAGUGCUCUCUCUGUUGGUUGGUUUCUUGGUUUUGACUUUCUCCCUCUCGGUGAGUGCUCCCUCUCGGUGAGUACUUCCUAUCUCAUGUGGUAUACUCUUGGAGUGGGUUGUUACAGUAGCCUUACACACCUCGCCUUCCCCAUAUCACAAAACAUGAUUCCACAGGUCUUGUUCAAUGGUGGGUCUGAUAAAGUUUUUCACCACAGCUGUUCUCUAAAAGAAAAGUGAGCAAUGAAAAAUGUGAUCGAAGUUGAAGGCAGUAGAGUAGCAACCUCCAUCAGAGUCAGAGUUCACAGUUUCAAUGAACCAUCUGAUGUAUGGCGUCAUCUUAGCACAGCAUCUGUUCCAUGUUUAGAAUGUAACACAUUUGCUGAUGAUUUGGAAGAAAAAAAAGAGUAAUUUUUUUCUUUCAUGUCAGGAGGUGAUGUUUCACUUUGACAGCAUUCCCAUUGUCCUGUCUUAGCAUUCUUAAGGGAACAUACCAGUGUUUUCCAUUUACAAAAAAAGACACAUUUUACAGGGAAUAUUAGAACAAGCUAAGGGUUGUAAGAAUGUUCAAAGCUGCUCAUUGAAGGUGAUCUGUUGAGUACUGUUGUUAGGGUAUACAUCUUGUGCACACUCAAGAACAUGACAGUGAAACUAAAUGCAACCAGAGACUGCUCAUACAAAUUUAUUACACCACUUCCCCCCCACUGCACAAAGAUGAAGCUAAAUUACCCUGGAUAUGGGUGCUGCCAUCUUGUAAUAGGGACAUCAUGUGGAUUUAGAAUAGACCAUAGGUGUUAAUGUGAGUGUUGACCCUGUGAUUCGCUAGCGACCUGGCUAGUACCCCCCUCUCGCCCAAUGUUAGCUGGGAUUGACACCAGCUCCCCCUUAAAGGUUAAGCAGAAUAAAUUAUGGAUGGAUGGUGUACUUUUUAGUUUGAUCCAUUUCCGAUGUGCUAACAGGGAGGGGCUGGGGUUUAUGACUGCAGCCAGCCACCAGGGGGCAAUGCAUAUGUUUUGGCUUUACUGUUGGGAGACAUGUUGUCUUUAUUUAUAUUGAGUCACUGGAUGCAACAAGUUUUUGGGUGGUGUCAGGAAAAAGAAGACUGCGGGCCAGCGUAAACAUGGAUGUUAACUAAACAAAUGUGUACUAAAGAGCUAAAUUCAUAUCAGAGCUUUAGUGUGUUUAUAAAAAACCUCCACAUAUUACCUUUGACUUUGGCAGGGGUAAGAUUAGCUUUAAUGCUGACCCUCACACUGGAACUGACAUAAUAGGGAGCACUGACUCGCUGAUGGCCAGGGAAACCCUUAAAUCUGCUUACAUCACUGGUUCGCAGUGAAGAAACAUGCUCAUGAUUUAUAGUACAUGAUACUUAACAUUGGUAUGGUUCUUUCCCUGAUUAUCUACUUUGCUUUUUAUAGGUCUGAUCAACAGAACCAUCAGUAAUGAUAGAGUACUCACAACGACAUUGGUAAAAACUGAGAGGCUCAAGUUUAUCACCCAAACUGUCUGCACACAGUUGUUGCUGUGCAGGAAGAAAGUAGUAUUCACAUGUUCUCAAUUGACCACCAAAUGGUUUAGAUGACCCGCAGUUUUGUUUCAACCCUGUCUGUUUCCUUGUGAGCUACAAUACAUUUUACUGUUCAUGUGAGAUUGUUGUCAUGGAUCAACCCGAAUCAAAUUAAUCCUGCAAACAAUAGAAGCCCAAAUUGGAACUCAUUGUAGUGUGGUGGUGCUAACUAACAGUCCUUAAUGUCUGUUGUCAUGUGAAACGACUACUUGUUUACAGAUGUCCUUUUAAAAAACAUGUUGACAUGAUGGACCGUUAGGGCAGAUUAUGCUGAAGGGUAAACGUUAUUUUCUGAUCAGCUUGGACUGUGUGCUCACCUUUUCUGCUAUUCCUUUUUCUUCCUGACUUUUGAUGAUGUUUUAUAUUGAACCACUCAAUUAAAUUAACAAGAAAUCUAUGGGUUGGCUUUGGCUCUUCACUGUUGACCUGUCACCUUUCUCUGGCACACUCAAACUUUUCUCAUCCUCAGCAUGUCUAUGUUUUCUCCUCUCUCCUGGGAAGCAGUGUUGGAUGGGUUGGGUAGUAUUAGUCAGGUUCCCAGUUCAUAAAUCAAUCUAACCCCUCACCUCCUUUCUGACUUCACCAGGUCGCCAGCAAAAGUGAGGAUGGCUGCUGCAACACCACAAGCGCCGCUUGAACGCUGCAGUGCUGUGCACACAUACAUCAUUUAGCGGUGGUUCUGCUUGAGCUUUGGCAGCAUGCAAGAUGCUAACAUGGGUGUGCUGGUGCUGAAUCUGAAACGUUCGCAGACAAUUUCUUUGUUUUGGCCUGCAUUGUUUGGAGAGAUACUCCUCAGGAUCUGCUGGUGAGACGCUGCAGAGGCAUGGAGGUUAAAACUGGCUGAGUACAAUCUACACCAUGUAUUUUGACACUAGGAUUUUUUUGUUUUUCAGGUUCUGUGCUUCAGCAUUAAAUUAAUUGGAAACUUGUUUACCUAAUGUUUCUUGGGCAGCUGUUGUUUCAGUGUCAACCCUACAGGUUAUUGAGAUUGAUUUAUUUGUCAGUAUGAAAGUAAGGAGGGGACCAUGUAAGUCAGGAAAAAAUAAGGUCUAAGAAAGCAAAAAUCUGUCACAAAUAUCAAAGGUUUGUUUGGACACUUUCUAAAAAAUAACCAAAAUAUCAAAGAUACAGUUUGACUGGGAGCACAAGACUUCAAAAAUUAAUGCAAAUGCACAUGAAGAGACCAUGAUGCAAUAAGAUAUCAACCUCCAAGUGGUGGAAAGAGGUCGGUUAGGAGAGCGAACAGGAACAGUUCUUGACGUAAAGCCUACACCUCAACUGUCCCACAUAGCACUGAUUCUCUCCACUGGAAGUGACACACUAACAUUUACUGAUAAAAAGGAUGAACAGUGACAAGUCAUCAUUUAACAGGACUACAAUACUAAAACAACAACCUAAGACACAAAGAGGUAGAAUAUCCUGCACUGGGUUCGACAAUCAAAGGCACUAGUCAGCUGGUAGCUCCUCAAAGAUCAUUUUUAACAUUAAAUUACUGAGUGUUCAGUGAUUUUUCAAGGGCCAUUAGUAUAUUAUACAGCUCCCAAGACAAACCUCCUGGACCAUGACCACUAAGUGAAAACUAAUCGAGAGAGACUAAGCAAAAACACCCAAAAGUCCCAUGAUGCCACGCUGUGACCUUGUGACCAAAAUGUUUCGUUAAUACUUUGAUCGAGAGACCUCUUUUUUUUUUGUUUAAUGUGUUUUUGUCCAAUUACUUUUGAAUCCCUUAACUUUAGGCACCAUUUUUGUAAAGGGUUCUAGCCUAUCUCCAAAACCCAAAAUAUUCCUCUUUUUUUCUUUUUUAAACCUUCUCAAGUUAAUGCUGAGAAUUGACCCUUUCAUGUAGGAUUAAAAUGAAACUGAAUGUGCUGUGAACCUGAACUAGAUAUUUUUAACCCCUCAGAAUAUUGAGUCUAAUAUCAGACAAGAUGGAAAUAACAGCCAGUAUUCAAAUUUGAGAAACUGGAAAUUUAACAUAUAGACUAUGACGAUGAAAGCAAAUCUCUAAUCAUUGUGCGACAACCAUGUCUUGAUGCAACACUUGUAACCCAGAUGUGUAAAGAAAACGUAAAACUCUGGCUGGGAAGGAUGGAUGUUUCCUGCUGGUAAAAUGAAACCUCUUUUUUGUUGAAAUUAUUUUGACUCAUUUCACCUUUGAUAGUCACAGAUUGCAUGUGGCUUACGGCUUAACGGGCCUCCGUUGAACUGCUCUCCGGAGUUUUCUCUCUUAAGCCGUUUUCAGACAUGACCUGUGAUUGAAAUCCAGACAAUUAGCUACAGAGUUUACCUGCAGUUUGCCUUUCACACCUGCACAAUGCAGCAGGAGUUUCUUUUCACAGAUACCCUCACAACACCAACAAAUUUAGAUGAGAGUUGGUGCAGCAGACAGAGGCAGGAUGUGACGUAUUAACUCCGCUGCGUGGAUCACAUAGUUCACUUCAAAACACAAACUCUCAAGACUUCUUCCUCUGUGUCUUCUACGUGUAUGACACAGCUUUUUCGACGGGAUAUUAUUCUCCACUGGCAGAAGCUCGAUUAGCCAGACAAGGGUAGCCGAUUUAUGGCCAACAGCUGAUGCCGCUUCAGAAGUAAGAUCUGAGGCUGGAAUACUGUCCUCCAGGAGAACCAAACAUCACUAAAUAUCAGUGUACAGAUCUAGUUUCUCCUUCCUCUCUUACUGUUGUCUUGAGAAGAUAAUUAAUUUAACCCCCCAGAACAAAAAUAUCUUUGCUAGGGAUUCACUGAAAACAGUGUCUGACGGCCCAUACUUCUUAACUGUUGAAACUGUGUCAGUGAUACUUUGCACAACCCAACAUGACAUGCUGGGUUACAAAUCACAUAACCCAACAUGACAUGCUGGGUUACAAAUCACAUAACCCAACAUGCUUAUGAAAGGAUUAAUAAGAAGGAAAUAAUACAAAGAGUGGGCAGGAUAUGAGCACCAUAAAUUGGCAGGAAGGCUGAGCAUUGACUUGAUCCCUUAAUCCAUUUAUGGUUAAAAAAUUCCAGCCUGUUGCACUUGUGUCCUCAUCAGUGAUGUUAUAGUGGGUGUCUAGUCCUCCACAACACAUCUGCUGUGAUGUCACUGGCUGUGGUACAGGCAGGAAAAUGGCUAGAAAGUUUAACUGCAUUAGUUCCCACAUAUUGGCUGUCCCUCUGGAUUAAAACUACACCAUUUAUAUUGUAAAACGUUAUUUUGACUAUGUAACAAGGGGUACAAUCGGUUAAUAUUAAUAAGAAAUAGAAAUUGUGUUAGAAUUUAUUUUGUUUGUUGAAAUCACUGGCUUGUCUGUUAAUGAUUUGAUUUGAUGUGAUUUCUGAUAGAAGAUAUCUUGGGGUUGUUCAGCUUUUUUUCUCUGUGGGUUAUCUGAUUAAUCUGUGAACUACUGAGUCUGCCUUAAUGAAUAAAUGAAGUAAGAAGUUAAUUUAUUGAGCUCAUGGCCAGAGCCAUGAUAGGAAUAGAUUGUACUUGAAUGGUUUGGUGUAUGGUUGUGUCAAAUUGAUUUUUUUUCUGGAAAAUAAAUCAUUAUUGUGAAGGAA